AAGACAGUUUCGGUCUAGAAGUUGGGGUAAAUGGCAGUUACAUGAAUAGAUGUGGCAGCGGGCAGGAGGUGGCCUGGUGACAGGGAGGCUAAACAUAUGACAGACAGGUUGGUGUCCAAGUCUAUGGAUAUGUUUGUAGGAAAAUGCUACAAUUAAUGUCUCUGUGGAAAGUCCGGAGCAGCUGUGAACUGGAUUUAAGAGAAAGCCCAGCAUUGGUGGAGUCUGAGACGGCAGAAGCCACGGAGGAGACGUUCAACCCCAUGUCACAGCUGGCCCGCAGGGUUCAGGGGGUUGGGGUGAAAGGCUGGCUGACAAUGUCGUCUCUGUUUAACAAAGAAGAUGAGGACAAACUGCUUCCACCAGAGCCCUGUGCUGAUCACCCGCUGGCUGCACCCCCUUCCUCGCAGGCGGCGGGAGCCGAGACCGAGCCGCGCGGACCAGGAUUCUGGGACGCGUUCGCCAGCAGGUGGCAGCAGCAGCAGCAGGCGGCGGCGUCCAUGCUACGCGGCGGGGAGACCACCGCGGAGCGGGACCUGGAGCCCCAGGACAAGCCUGCGGAAGAGGCCACCGAGAGCCCCGAGACACGGGAGGCGGAUCCCGCGGCAGGCUUCAAGUGGGGUUUCCUUACCCACAAACUGGCAGAGAUGAGGGUAAAGGCCGCGCCCAAGGGCGACUAG